AAGUUAUAAAGUAAAAUUCUGUGUCAACUAUUAGCUCUUUUAUAAUUAUUAAUUAAAAUUUUAAUUAUACAAAUUCAAAAGGCUAGUUUAAACACCAAACUAUUGACCUUGGACUAUUUAUACAUUUGCUUUGUUAAUUUUUUACUUCUCUAAAUUAAGAUGACAGAAUGAAGUAAUUUACAUCUGUUUGCUGAAAAUUUUGAGUUUUAAAAACAGUGACAAAUAAUGAUAGUUCUACUUUGAAAACGAGCCAUCGAAUAGUAUCAUCCACAUGAUUUUCCUUCUCCGACAGUUUCCUUUUAGACAGCUUCUAGUUAAUAUUAAUUUCAACACUCAAGUUCAAAGAUGGUGUAAUUGUAGUGAAAAGUUAUUUAAGCAUUGCUAUCUCGUGUUGGGUAUACCAGAAGGAUCGGACCAAGAAAUGGUGAGGCAAGCUUUCCUGGAUUUGGUGAAGCGUUACCAUCCUGAUAGCAAAAGUCCAGAAGCCGAUCCCAUAAAAUUCCAACAGAUAGAAACAGCAUACAGAACCCUCCAAGAUCAUUAUGCUCGUAAAAGAUUUAAUAAAGACGAAUGUGAAGGAGAAUAUGGCCUUUAUUACAAGGAGAAAGAUGUCGAAGAACAUGAUAUUCAACAUACAGCACCACAGCACAGACAGUAUUUAAGCUAUGGGGGCUAUGGAUCAGGAACGCCGUCACAACGUCAGCGCCAAUUUACACAGUUUAAAGUGAACAAAGCUAUGGAAAAUGUGACCGAAUAUAGGAUUAAAAAGCUUAAUGAUAAAUAUUCACAGGAUUUGAUAGCAAAAGAAAGUUUGAACAAGAAAAAAAUCAAAGAUGUUAGAACUGGGUUUGGUAUGGACCGUUUGGUUGAGGACCUUAUUCAGGAAUCGAUGACCCGCGGUGAAUUUGACAAUUUGAGCGGUGCUGGAAAACCGUUAAAAGGCUUACACUCAUCUCACAAUCCUUAUGUCGAUUUUGUCACGCAUAAAAUGAACCAGGUUUUGAUUGAUAACGGAUUCACCCCGCAAUGGAUUACUCUUCAAAAGGAUAUUAGAGAAGAGUUGUACAAGUUGAAGGAAUCACUUUUUAAAGUUAGAGGAAAAAUAGGCCCUGUACCUUUAGAUAAAAGUGAAGAAGAUUAUUGGAAUGAUGAGGUCAACAAGUAUGAAGACACUGUGAAGGUUUUGAAUAGUAAAAUUGAUACCUACAAUCUAGUUGUACCAAUUCUUAAUAAGCAAAUGUUUCAUGUCAAAUUGUCUGAUGAAGCGCAUAAAAUAUUAACAGAAGGAACUCCUGGGAAAAGAUCCUCUGGAAAGAAAGCAGUUCCGUAUAAGGAGGAAAAGCAAAAUGACAAUACUCAUGUAUUAGAUCUUCUAAGUGCAAUAUUUGAAAAAAAGUGAAAUACAAAUGUGAAUUUUAUGUUUUGGGAUCAUAACUGUAUGUAUUUGUAAUGUGGCUUCAUGAUGAAAAAUUGAUCAAAUCAUAACUUGUGAUUGCUAAAUUAAAGCUGGAUUAUAAGAUGAACAAUAUUUGACAUUUGAUGUAGAGCACAUAUUAAAAAGUUGUACAUAAAACA